AUGACCUCCCGAUCAUCUCGAGCUCCGAAGCGGCAGAAGCUGGAGGAGGAGCCACCAGCAGGCAGCUACAACUACAACUACGCGGCUGCAGGCUACUCAUUUCCGGGGUACGUUGGCUACCAGUGGCCUGCGCAACAAGCAAGCGCCUAUGCUUUGCCAGCUGCGUACAGCUAUGCUGCCACCUACGGUUAUGGCAGCGCCUACUAUGCCGCCGCUGCAGCCGCUGCCGCGGUCCAAGCGGGUGCAGGCGAGGAGACAGAGUCCGGGGUCGGAAAGAAAGGAGACUACGAGAACCUGCUGCAGGAGAUGAAGGCGAAGCAGGCGGCGCGCGCCGCCGGAGACUCGCAGCAGGAGGUCCAGGACAAGAAGCGCUUCCGGCUUCCUUCGGACGGAUCGGCGGAUCAGUUCGGACGCCUGGGCCGUGCCGUUUCCACUUCGCUCCGUGCGGCAGAAGGCGCCACAUUGCCUUUGCAGCAGCUGUGCGAGGACAAGCGCGUGCACCAGGAGUGGAAGGAGCUGGAGAAGAGCGGCUUGGUCAAGGCCAACAGCCAGUUGAAGACCUUCCUUUUGGAACGAGCGACAUCUUUCGAGGUGUCAAGCAGUCCUUCCGGUCAGGCGCUGGCUCGAGAGCGCAAAAGACAGAGCUUGCAACUCCCAGACGCAACUCGUCGAGUCAUGGCGGCCGCCCGUGCACGCUCCAGCCUUCUCGCAUCCCUCCUGGUGUCCUUCGGGCUCGUCUCCUUGGUCUUCGUGCCGGGCCCUCGUGCGGAGUCCCCAUCCCUGCGGGGCCUUGCCGGAGCCGCCAGUGUGGUCGCCGCACCCGGAGUGGCCUCUGCAGCCGAUGAGUACUUGAACUACAACAUGACAGGGGAGUUCACACCUUUCAUGGUCAUCGGCUACUUCGGCUUGACCACCUUCCUCACUGCCUUUGCCUUUGGCUCCUACCUUGUCUUGACGAAGCUGAAGAUCAUCUGA